UCCAAAGUAUCAUCCAAGCUGGUCAAGAUGUUCAUCGAAGCCUUCCUGUUGCUAUUGGCGCUCAAUUCCCUGUCAGCAGGACGAGUAAGCCGACCGGAAGGGCGCAUUAUAAACGGAGAAACCAUUGGAAUCGAACAGGCACCCUGGCAGGUGUCCUUAUUACUUAAAGGACGCCAUCAGUGCGGGGGCUCCAUUUACAGCGCAGAUAUCAUCAUUACUGCGGCCCAUUGCUUUUUUGAUAAGUUUGGAGGACGACAUAGUGAUCAGAAAUUUCAAGUUCGAGCAGGAUCCGCCUUAAAAGACUCCAAUGGAAAUCUCGUCGAAAUAGUCGCCAUAAAAAUCCAUGAAAAUUAUGGCAGACCUUUUAACGACAUCGCCAUCGUGCGCUUAAGUAAGCCACUCGAGUUCACAAACAGAGUUAUGCCCAUUCCUUUGGCCAAGACGAACCCUUAUCCUGGAACGACUGCCUUCAUCUCUGGCUGGGGACUUUUUCUUAACGCAAACGAUGUGAAGCUUUCAUAUCCCAAACAUCUUCAAGGAUUAACCGUUUACAUUCAAAGGCUUGAGUAUUGUGGAUUAUUUGCUCCAUCGAUUGUAUGUGCAGGAACUUUUAGAAGGGCGACUUGUUAUGGAGACUCUGGAGGAGCAUUGGUGGUUAACAAAGAACUUGUGGGUGUUGUGGGCGGGAGCUUAGACCGCAAUUGCACGUCUAGUACAUACUACGCCAGUGUUCCGUAUUUCCGUGAAUGGAUAUUAACUACUGUUGCCUCAAUUUAGUAACAUGUUCAAGUA